AUGUUUUGGCCCGCCGUUUAUGAUUACGUACAAAAUUGGAAUCUAUCACCACUUUGUUAAUUUAAAUUAAAUGAUAAUUUCCAAAAAUGUCUACUUUUAAAUUUAAUUUUUUGGAUAAUACGGAUAAUGAAGAAACAGAGGAUAAACGUGAAGAAAUCAAUUGGUUUGAAUGUGAAGAAAUUAUACCAGACAAACAAAUAAAUGAUUUAGAUAAUAUAGUGGUUCAUGCAAAGAUGUUUGUAUGUGAAGAUAUUGAAAUAGGACAUGUUAGUAGCUGUGAUAAAUUAUUUUCUAGUGGAGAUUAUGAAUUAAAUGCAUUGGAAUUAGCUGAUAAGGAACACAGUGAUUUAAUCGCUGGCAAAUAUGAAGGAGGUCUUAAAGUAUGGGAAUGUACAAGUGACAUUUUAAAAUACUUGCUAGAAAACACUGAUAUCAAUUUUAAAGGAGCAAAAGUACUAGAUCUAGGAUGUGGAGUGGGCAUCCUAGGUAUAUAUGCAUUACAAAAUGACUCAAUAGUAACAUUUCAAGAUUAUAACAAGGAAAUAAUAGAGUGUGUUACAAUACCAAGUGUGCUUCUAAACAUUGAAAAUGAACAAAGAGAAGAAGUAAUAAAAAAAUGCAAAUUUUAUUCCGGAGACUGGGCAUCAUUUGAUAAGAAACUACCAGACACUGCUGUUUAUGAUAUAAUUUUAACAUCAGAAACAAUUUAUAAUGAGAAAAACUAUGAGAAACUUACUAACAUAUUUUUAAAUAGGCUAAGCAAAGAUGGUAGCGCUUAUGUAGCAGCUAAAACAUGUUACUUUGGUGUUGGCGGAGGAAUGAGACAGUUUGAAACACACAUACAAAAGACUAGUUUAAUAAAUAGCGAAGUUGCAUGGAAAAGUACUGGUGGCAUACAGAGGGAAAUUUUAAAAAUAAAAAGAAUAUAGAAGUGCAUGAGUUUUAUUUAAAAAAUUAAA